AUCUGUGCAUGGGCCAAUCCCUUCCUCUUGCCACUGGCUGUGGCGUCAACGGAAGGUGCAGUUGGCCACCUCAAGUGCAACGAAGCUCGGACCGCUCUGUGUGCCGUGCGCCCUUUGGCCUCAUCACCGCUUUGCGUCCUCCAAAUCAAAUUGGGAUCUCAUCGACAACCCAUUCUCGCAGACGGCGAUGUCGGCGAGCUGAGCCUACCGGUACCGUAACACCUACAUCACGUGCAAUUCACAACUUCAGACCAACACUGCUGCACUCGAGCGAACCUCGCGUUCGCCGCUCCACUACCCCAAAGCAGCUCAUUGAACCAAAGCGUGAGGGGCAAAGGAGAGAGUGAGGAGAGAAAGGAGAGGAGAAUGUCGCGACCAAGUUCGUCGAAUGCACCCGGCAGGACGAGCAGCCCGUCCGUCUCGUCGCUCUCCUCCAAUCUCUCUGCCCAUCUCAGCAAGCCCGUUGCCCCGUCGCCCUCUCGCCAGCACGUUGCCUCACUGGGAGUCGAAGGAGACGCAGCAAGCGCUUCGACCCGCCCCGCAGGCUUACCUGGUGUCACAUCCAGCAAUGGCAAGGCGAAGGCGACAGCCGCCGGACCAGAGUCGGUGGCGACGAUCGGGGGAAGCGACCUGUGGAGAAGCAGCGCGGCAAAGAGGGCCGAAAAGGCGUGGGCCAUCCAGGCCGAAAAGACCUUGCAAACCGACCCCAAGUUCAAGAAAUUUGGUGCAACGAUGGAGAGGACGCUCGCGACAUUCGACAGCGUCAGCGAGUGGGCCGACUUUAUCGCCUUUCUCGGCAGGCUUCAGAAAACCCUUCAAGCGUCCCCAAACGUCAAUUCGAUACCGAAGAAGCUCGUCGUUGCGAAGCGGCUCUCUCAAUGCCUCAAUCCCGCCCUACCCUCGGGCGUUCAUCAACGCGCGCUCGAGGUCUACCAGCACAUCCUCACUGCUAUCGGCGUUGAGGGUCUUCGUAGAGAUCUGGCCGUCUGGUCGCCUGGCCUCUUGCCCUUUUUUCAAUUCGCCAGCACCAGCGUAAAGCCCAUCGUUCUCGGCAUCUUCGAGAGGCACUAUCUGCCAUUGGGCGACGAUCUUCGGUCCAUCACAAAGGCACUUUUGCUUGCGCUCCUGCCUGGGCUCGAAGAAGAGAGUGGAGAGUUCUUCGACCGCGUCUUCAAUUUCUUCGCCAAGCUCAGCGAUGCCGUCUCGCCCCCCUUCUUCUACCAGAACGUCUGGCUUGUUUUGAUGGCAUCGCAACCCGUGCGGCUUGCCGCGCUGAACCUUCUUUCGCGCAAGCUACCCAAAGUCAAUGGCGACGACAAUGGUGACAAGGACGUCACACAGAUCGUGGGCAAGGAUCUGGGCCUCCUUGUCCGAGGCUUCUGUGCAGCUCUUGAGGAUGACAACCUGCUUGUCCGGCGAGCAGUGCUCGACUUGCUCAUCACCCAUUUGCGCAUCGACUCACCCACGUUCAAGACCCUUAUUCGCAAAGAGGACCGAGUGCGCCUCGUCAGUGCGUCUUUGGGUGUUGUUCUGAGAAGAGAUCUUAGCCUCAACCGAAGACUCUAUGCCUGGCUCCUCGGACCGACAGAAGACAUCGUCGCUCAGCAAACAUACUUCGAGGCCCAUGCACAAGAUCUCGCAUACAUUGCACUGGAAGAUGAUCUCGAUCGGGGACCACUUAUCAACGUCGUGCCAGAGAAGGUUGAAGCAAUCGCCGGAGAGCGGCAGAAACCAUUCAAGAUCUUUGUCUCGCUUCUGGACAAAUGGACCAUUGGGCAACCCUUAACAGCUAUCCUCAUUCUAGAUGCCUUCGCGGCCUUGCGCAGACAACUGCAAGGGACAGAGUCGCCUUCGGUGGGAGCUGUCGUCGAUGCGAGGGUCAAGGGGGCGGCUACGGAUCUGGGAACGACAGCAAAGAUGCUAUUUGAGGUCGUGGACCCUUUCACGAUGUAUCGGCAGAUCUGGCGGGCCUUGUCCAAAGAGCUAUCAACGGAGCCAUUACAAGAGGAGCAAGGCACAAGCGGAAAUGCUUCGGCAGUGUCGCUGCUUCGCUAUGUCUUCAAGACGUUUCGCGUACACGACGAGGAGAGCCGACAGAUCCACCUUCCAAUUCUGUUCAGCGUACUCGUCGAGCUUUUGUCCAAGCAGCUCGCCGCCUCUUCAGAUAAGCCAAUCUCCGGAGAUACAUUGGCGAAUGCCCUCCAGCUUGCAAGCGAGAUCCUCACCCUCAUCCCGCCCAGCGUCUUUGUCCGUUCUUCCACCGAGGAGGCAGGAGAGGUUGAAGGUGAUUUCGGACAUCAUGCCGCGCACUUCUACGAGUCCAACACGAAUGCUGCAGACGAAGCUGCACGAAGAUACGCCGGCUUUCACAGCCCGGCCACGUUGGAGCGGCUUCUUUGCCUCUCACUUCAGCUGCCUCUCCAAAAGGGUGCUCGUGUCAUCUCGACGGUGCUUGUGGACUCAUUCAGACUGGCAGCUGGUCUUCUCCGUGCUCUGGAUGCCACAGUGGAUUCGAGCGUCACAUCUUCCAUGGGAAUUGGGGAUCCUCGGUCGCAACCGCGAAUACCUUUUUCGCCAUCGGGCCAGUGGGUCACUAGUACCCUCACCAUUCUGGACGAAGCGAAAGCCUUCUAUGAGGUCGAAGCCGCGACGAUGGCGCUCCUCGAACGAGCCAAGUCUCGCGCUAUUGAGACAUCGACACAGCUUCAGGAUAGAAAAGCGGUAAAGAUCGUUGUCUCCAGUCUUUGCGUCUUCAUGCACGCAGACUACGUCGCGUACCACGUCCGGUGCGUCGAGCUCCUCUGGCGACUCAAGAGCAUCAUUGGAGGCCGCUACAUCGAAUCAAUUCUCUGCUCGCGCCUGUGUGCCACCGAAGCAGAGGAGCGAUACGAAGCUCUGGACGUCUUCGGCGUCUUUUGGCGCCACACGGACGAGGACAUGCUCAGUAGCAGUACCAUGGCGGAGCCGCUGCUGCGUGUCUUGGACGGAUUGCAAUCGACCAAUUGGGCUGACAAGGUGGCGUCGGAGAGAUGGCUCAGAACAAAUCUGCGAAGCUACUCUUUCUACGUCGAUCCUCUCUUUGCAACGAUAAUGGUCGAGGCGCGACGGAGACCACACAAAGUUCCUGUAGCAGCUGAUCUGUCGCUCGAGAUGGUGCGUUAUGCGCAGCCAUUCGACCAUGAUCGCGUCAAUUACGCUUUGGGCAGUCUUCUUGCUGUGGCAAGAUUUGGGUCACAGGCCUUUGUCAAGUCUCUGCGCAGCUCCAAGAAGCAGGGCACAACCUACAUGCAAGCGCUCCUUGACACGCUGGUUCUGCACCUCAAGAGCAGCGACGAAGAAGAGGGAUUUGCGCCGAGGCAUGCAGCAACACAUAUCGUCGUUGCCGAUCUCGUUCAUGCAAUUGUAUCUCGAGGAUCACUUGGCGAGCGACAACUCGAUCAGCUGGAGACGGUUCUUCUCGAGAGGAUUCUUGUCGGACUCCACGAAGGUUCAUCGCUGCUCAUACAAAGCAGAAUGUUGAGCACCCUCCACACCGUGAUCAAUGCUCGGGCCUCUCCCUUGCCGGUCACUCCUUCGAACACGCAGCGAAAGUCGCCCGCUCCUGCUAACGCUGAGGCAGCGACGGAGCUCAAUCCGCACCCUCUUCUCUUACGCACGAUCAAAGCUGGUCUCUCCACUAGCGGCAAUCGACAAGCGCUCCAAUACUGGAGCGACUUUAUCCUCGCCACGGCGCCAAUGUACAAGAAGGCGGUCGGCUCGUAUCUUCUCCCUGUCAACGAAUGUGUUUGUGCGCUCGUUCGAGCCGCCGUCGACGACCUCUCCCGGGCGUAUGGACGUGCUGAUCGAGGGAGCAACACUUCCAGUCAGGCGACGGAAGCCGAUCUGUCUUUGCUCCUCGGUAUCAGCGAAAAGGUCUUGGUGCAGAGUCUGGAGAGCCAAGCUGGUGACGAUAUCGUUUCCGAAAAGGUUGAGACGACUCAGAAUUUGGCGGCAAGGAGAUCGCUUCAUCACACGGUCCGCACGCUACACGCUCUCUGGGUCGUGUCAUCGAGGCGGCAGAUGCCCCAUGAGGAUGCGAGGUCCAUGUCGAUGUCGUACGCCUUUCCUAAAAUCAAGUCCAGGAGCCGUCGGUGCCUCGAGAAGCUCUACCGAAAUCAUUCGGGAGAGCUCGUCGAAUCUCUCAUUGACUGUUGGAUCGAGUCGAGCGGCGGUGAAGAUCUCGGAGAGUCGGCCUUCGAGAUUCUCGACACCCUAGCGCCGUCAGCUCAAAUCGUCGUCACAUUCCUGUGCGAUGUCAUCUCCACACGCACAUCGUCAUCAUCCACAGCGAUGUCGGCCACCAACGGCGAAGGCAAACGGAAGGCAGGCUCCGAAGCAAUCGUUAGUGAUAUUGCCCUUUUCGAUUUCUUGGAUGCCUACCUCUCCAGGUUGGACGGCUCUACAGCAGUACAGGUCUGGCCUGUUGUCAUCAUGCUCGUCAAGGACUUUGUCGCGAACAGCACGGGUCACAAGGCCCAGAUGCUCCCGACACUUCGCCUCUUUACGACCAUUGGCGACAAGCUCAGCCAAACAACUUCACUCGAGGACAGACGAACAAAGCGAGAGGUGCACGAUAACUACAUCAGGCUAUGUGACUUCAACAUUCUUAUUGCCGGACGCAGCUUUGACCAGCAAGCUUCAACCAAGUGGAUCGGCGGAGGUAACGCCCAAGCAUCUGACUCCGACUCUGUCGACCAAUCCGAUCUACCGCCUCAUCUUGAAGCCAUCGUUGACUUCUUGGCAAAGAGCGCUCUGCCGGCUCUGCGUCGAUUUGGAGUCGAGACGGACAGAAUCUUGUCUGUGUGCUCCAACGCCGUUUACUAUCUCGUCGCACCUACGAUUCGAGGGUCAGGCAAGGUAGCAUCGCCCCGCCCUCUUGACAUUAAUGCGACAGUGUUGGCUGUACUCGGCGAGAUAUGCAAGUUACCCGGAACGCUCAAGUCCUGGCGGAGUAUCGUCUCAGACACGUUUUUCGACCAACGCUUCUUCCAGCAGAACAUCCAUUCGGGUGCCAAGAACUGGCAACCCGUCGUGUUUGCGCUCUUCAACCAGGAUAAAGAGAGAUUCCUCGAGCUCGUCUCACGCAUUACGGCUGUCUCAACUGGGCCGCAGAUCAACAUUUUCACGAGUCGGGAGAGCGAGAUCCUGGCGAGGGCCCUGACAUUGCGCAGGCUGACGUAUGUGAUCCUAUCAAGCCGUGUACAGGACCAUUUCCUGCCGCAGCUGCCCAGCAUCCAGGAGAAGAUUGUCGAUGUCGUCAGGGCUAGCGAGGCAAGAGAUCUCGUCGCUGGCGAAGUCUACCUGACGAUGAGGGUCCUCCUUGUCCGUUUCAGCCCGCAGCACCUCGCCAGCUUCUGGCCGGUUCUCAUCACGGAGAUGACGAAGCUCUUUGAAUCUGCGCUCGAGAGCCUCCCACAAGAUUCGUCGGACCAUUUGCAGUUGCUUCUCUCGGCUUGCAAGUUCCUCGAUCUUCUCCUGGUCAUGCAAACGGAUGAAUUCCAAAUCCACCACUGGAUCUUUGUGAAUGACACCGUCGACGUCGUCUAUCCGCCCGACGACUGGCUUGGGCCAGAGAGUCUGUUGGAUCGACUGGGCAGCGCCAUCGAGGCAAAAGUCAGUGCGCAGCGACGAGCAGGAGGACCGGGAGGAGGCGCGGGGGCAGGCCCAGCGAGCCCCACGAUACAAAAGCCAGAUGUCAGGAGCAGCUUCGCCUCGACAAAUGGCAUGCUCGUCUUCAGCAAGGAUACCGACCGCGAGAUGCAAGGCGGCAGCAGAGGCGUCAAGCGCCGGCCGAUGCUCCACGGUGUCAAGCGAGUGGAGCGUGUAGAAGAGCUUCGUCCCUUUUUGUCGCAUGUCAGCCUGGCCAUCUACGAGGCCCUAUACGCCACGGCCGGCGGAAGCGUGGCACCGAGUCACCAGGUCGACAUGGACACCGUCGAAGAGGGCCUGCUUCGGGACAUGUUUGAUGGCGAUGACUAAGGAUCGAAACAAUUGUAAUGGUAUUACAGAUGCAGGCCAAUACUUAAGAUACCAGUUAGGUCAG